UUCAUUUACACCGCUAUCCACCCCGAAACCUCUCUUCCUCUUCUUCGUUGAGCUCGUGACACCAACCUUUCUUCUUCUUUUUCCCCCGCCGAGCCCGAACUUCUCUCCCGUUUCCCUCUCGCGCCGCCGCCACCUACUCCCGAGCCUUCACCUCCUCGCGCUCUCUCCCCCGUGCCCUAAUUUUUCCUUCCGAUCUUCUGUCGCAUCGACGCCGCCGCACGGAGCAGCGCCGACGCCGUACAGCCGACGCCUCACCGAAGCUUCCUCUCCCCUACCGACGUCUCAUCGUCGCGGAGGUCCUCACCGCGCCGAUCGCCACAGAAAGCACCGCCGGCACCAGCCUCGCGUCUCUGCCCUAGAGCGCCAUCGCCUCCUUUCUGCCCUUUUCCGAUCUUGAGCUUUCGUGCCGGCACAGAGCCACCAUCGUGUACCCUAGCGACACUGUUUCCACCCGAGGGCAAGGUUUUCUUCAACUCAGUUGCGGGACUUUGUGGCGUCAUCGAUCACCGGUGCCGGCCAAGGCGUAACUGUUGGACGCCACCCAUCAAGCCACGAGAAGGAACAGUGUUCUAGCAACAGCAAGUCCAGCAUUUUCCCCAGAAGCCUUUUGUCCCUUUUUCUUUAGCUAACGGCGGCAACUCUUGCCUCUUCUUCCAGUCAACAAUAGCGACUAUUGCUGUUGCUCAUAGCAGCAACGCUGCUAUUCACUGUCGCUCACCGCCGGAGCCAAAGGCGAGGGCCAUACACUCUCUUGUUGUCCAGCCCAAGGAGGAUCACAGGUUUUCCUUGUUUCUGAACCCUUUAAUAUCCUCAUUAAUGAAAGUUGUGUUCUGUGAGACCACCAAUUGAAGGUAAACAUGACCUGCUUAUUUUGUUUGUUUUGUUCUCUUACAUUACAUUAUGGUGCAUGACCUGCUUGUUUUUCCAUGUUGACCAUCCUUUGCUACUCCAAGGUCACAAGAGAAAUGUGUUUAGAUUCAGUCAGGGUAUGCAAUAUUAAACACAAUAAUCCUUGUUUUUCCAUGUUGACUGCCUAGGUGUUUGAAUCGAAUAGGCACCUAGGCAGUCAAUUAAGAUAAAAUUAGCCUUGCCACUAAUAAUUUUAUUAAACUUAAGCAUGUAACAGGUAUGCAAUAUAGUUUUUUUGAAGUUUGACAUAAUCUAAAUUAUGAGACACUUGAAUGUACCUCUCACUUGUAUAAUCUUUUUUUCCAAUUGGUAGGGGUAGUAAUUCAUGUCGAAGGACAAAAUGACUUGUGUCUCAUUGAACCCUUAUUUAGUCUUAGUUCAAACAUAACCUAAUGGGUCAAAUUCAGAAACCUAGCCAUAUCACUUGUUAAAAUAGAUUGAUUCCCAUGAUCCCUAUUUAAUUAAACUAGCUCGGCAGGCAGUGUUGUGUCAUAUGCAUCAAAAUGAUUUGAUUUUCUUGUUAACCUAGUCAAUGCUUAAUAUUAAUUAUUCAAUAUGAAAAAUCCUAUAUCUAAUAAUAAUACAAAAUCAAUUAAAUAUUUCAUUCAUAAUAUGAGUAACAUAUUUCUGACUAGUUGUGUCGUCAUGGGAUAGUGUUCAUUGCUCAAUGGCAGCUCCUGCCACUCCGCUUCCCUCUUCAAAGGGUGUUGAGUCUCAAAAUCCUAAUUGUAGUAGCAACUCUCCUUCAAUGUUCUUAUCACCCUCACCAUUACGCUUAUGGAGGCCAGCAACUCAAAGGAAUGUGAGGAAUCAAUGGUUGAAAUUGUUCUCAAGCAAGAUUCAGUGGGCCAGCGCCAUGUCAGAGGGGAGAUCACAUGCUACCUCACUUGUAAAUGCAUAUCUCAAUCACAGAUUCAUUUCGUCAGUGAACUUGGGUGCUGCGAAUGACAUGCCCGAAAUUCGAGAGAAGGCAUGCCAAAAAUUGGCUCAUAAGCAGGAAACAUAUAGAAACUAUCUUCUCUCAUCGUACAAGAAUAUGGUACUCACAGUUGCUGAAUUGGUUAAGUCAGCACACUCUUUCCGAUGUUUCCUUAAAGGACCAGUUGCUGGCCCUCUGUCGCAAUUUGGUGAUAGUCCUGAACAUGAGAAUGAUAGUGGAGAUGGUGGUGGAGUAUCAGUUUUUACAUUCUUUUCAAUCUCACACUUUGAGAAUCUUGCAUGGGAGCUAGUUGAGAUGUUUGUAUCAGAGUUAAGCUUGAAGCGGUUCCUGGUGGUUGAGUUUCUCUCACUUAGAUGUGAAGGUGAAGGACGGGGUAAUAAGAUAAAGUGGUCAGAUGAACUAUAUAUUGGAGAAUUUGAUGAACUAAAGAUUAGUGGUCUGUGCACUGAAAAUAAUAUCCCACCUCUGUUUCCACAAUUAAGAGGUCAAGUAUCUUGGAGUCCCUUAGACACAAAGGAAUAUCAUCUUAUGAGCAGUGAUGUUUUGCAGGUGUACUUGAUGGCCUGGAUUUCUGAUGUAAAUAUUAAUGUAAAUAGGAUAAAGGAAAUAUUCAGUAUCAUUGAAGAAGAAGCAUCGAUCAAAUUUUCUUGAGUUAUAUCAUUUGCUGAGUGGCAAAAGGUUAGCCAUCCCUAAGGGUACGGUGCAGCAGAAGGGCAUAGAUACGUACGGUUUGAUCCGUAGAUAUGACACAUUUAUAGGGAUUUUUCCUUUAAAUAAAGCGCACAACCACAUGAUGCUAAGCUUUUGGGUCAUCCGUUAUGAGUGCUUCCUAAUUUAUUCUAGUAGUUAGUGGAAAAAUUUUGUGGGCCAGUUCGGCCGUCUCAGGUUGUGUUAUCUGGUUCAAUAUAUUUUUUUUGGUAAAAUGUUAGUAAAUGUGUGGGACAUGAAUAUUUUAAUGACAAUUAUUUUGCAUCUGGAUGAGCA